AUGCUCCAUUCCCGCCUCCGACCCCUCCCCCGCCGCAAUGCGGUCCCAAGCGCCCCGAGCGCCCCAACACCGGAAUUCGAGAACGAAGACCUCGCCGACGAAUCCCCAGAAGAUCUGUUCGGCACUUUCCUCCCUCACCUCUUUCCCGACGAUGCACCUUCCUUCCACGGUGACCCAGGCCAGCACCUCCUCUACAGCUCGCCCCGCUAUGGAGACCUAGACAUCAUGGUCCCCAGCUAUCCAAGUUCGGGCAAGCGCAAUGAUGAGAUCGGAGCUGGGCAAGAAAAUCCCGAUGGGUCCGUGAACCAGGUCGAUGCGGGGCGGAAGCUCUUUGCCCACUUCUUGUGGAGCGCGGCUAUGGUUGUGGCGGAGGGGAUUGAGAUGGCCGAUGAGCCGGGCUCGGAGGGGACGGAGGCUAGAGAGAUCUGGGCGGUGGAGGGAGAGAGUGUACUAGAGUUGGGUGCUGGCGCCGCUCUACCCUCUGUCGUCUGUGCGUUGGCUAAAGCGUCGAAUGUUGCUGCGACGGAUCAUCCGUCCUCGCCUGCCCUUACUGGUGCAAUUACGCACAAUAUCGAGCACAAUGUAGCUCGCACGAAGCAGGGAUCUGUGUCGAUGCAUCCGCAUGAAUGGGGUGUGUUAGACGAUUCGUUCUCAACGCAGAACAAGGGUGCUUUCACCCGAAUUGUCGCGGCGGAUUGUUUUUGGAUGCGAUCUCAGCAUGAGAAUCUCGCACGCACGAUGCAGUGGUUCCUUUCGCCUGGUGGGAAAGUGUGGGUGGUGGCUGGAUUCCACACAGGCCGGGCCAUUGUAGCUGGAUUCUUUGAGACGGUUCUGGAGAAUGGAUUUGUCGUGGAGAGGAUCUUUGAGAGAGACCUAGUCGAGAGACUAGAUGAUGGUGGAGAGAUUCGCAGGGAUUGGGUUCCAUUCCGCGAGGGAGAAGGGGUAGAGAACCAGAAAAGAUGGUGUGUCGUUGCUGUGCUGAAGAGGAAAGGAGAGUAA